UUGGGAUCUGGUCACACUUGCAGAAAAAGCGGGACGCGUCGAAUUGAAAUUUUUCGGUUGGAGAUCUUGAGGAUUUAUUUUUUACCAGCCAAUUAGAAAACAAAAAUGCGACCCCCAUCAAAGCGAGGAGGCGGCCAGCGUUCCACAGCUCCACAGCCCUCACGAGAAGAUACCGCAUCCCAGAACUCUGAUGAUGAAAGUGCGUUCCGCUCGCCUGAACCCGAAGACGCUACAGACUACGGCUUGGAGUUCACGACCAGUCGACUAAACUUACAGGAUGUCAGCAAUCGUCGUUGCUCAACGCUGCGCAAAAACACUUCAGCUAGUCGCGGGAGAGUGGGCGCCAAUCAAAGCACCUCCGAGGAGGAGGAAGAUGAGAAUGAAGAAAAUCUGUCUCCGUCAACUAGAUCGCGAACGGCCCAGGGAAGAAUUGCUGCACAAUCGUCUCAAGAAAGUUCAGAAGCACAGUCGCCGCGGCGGCGGCCGGGACCUCAAACACCUCAGAGGAGACCCGCUGCCCAAUCACCCCAGAGGAGAGCCGCUGCCCAGUCACCUCAGAGGAGAGCCGCUGCCCAGUCACCUCAGAGGAGACCCGCUGCCCAGUCACCCCAGAGAAGACCAGCGGCCCAACCGCUUCAACGGAACGCUCAAACAUCCGGAGCCACUCGGCGAAAAAGGACCACCCCUUUGAGCCGGGCCGCAAGAAUGGAGAGAGAGAUUAACAAGCUGCAGCAGUUCACCGGCAAUCUGAUACCCAAGCUACCAUUUUCGCGUCUUGUGAGGGAACUGCUUUACUCGCAAGGAAGCCAAAUGUUCAAAAUCUCCACCGGAGCCCUAGAGGCGUUGCAAUCCUCAUCGGAGAUUUACUUGACGCAGCGGUUGCAGGACGCUUACUACCUGACCCUGCAUCGUGGGCGCGUGACCUUGGAUGUGAGGGACAUGGUGUUGAUGGGCUAUAUCUGCGAGAACCUGCGACGAAACUAGGAUAUCAGAACUAUAAGCCAUUGAAUUUGCAUAUAUGUAUAUGUAGUUAAGUUUUUUCCAUUUCCCUGUAUUAUGUUACCUUUAAUGUUCAAAGAUGGCCAGUUUGUAAUAAAAGAUUCUCGUUAAAAUGUA